UACUACAUGCUCGAAGCCAGAUAGAAAAUAGUUUAAUCUCCACCGGGAUUUGAUCAAUAUUAUGCUUUGGAACAGAGUUGAGAAUAAAUAAGUUUUUAUGUUUUCUUCAACUUUGCAUUAAGGCCAAUUUCUAAACAUCACACAGUUUUACCACUCUUGCAGUCUCACUGCAGUAAGGAAGACAAGAUGAUCCAAGUGAACGACUGCCGCUGUGAGAAGAUCAUCAAGAAAACUUUGAAAACCAGUGGUUUGGACUUCAAAGGCUUUGUUCAAGUUGUUCAAAAGGAAUUUUCUGUCCCUUCAAAUGAGAGAUUUGUGUUGACCACAACUGACAGAAUAACAGUGGAUGCUGAUAAAUUUGAAAAACUGAAAGAUGGCACCACCCUCUAUCUGCUGCGAAAAAUGGACCAAGUCCUGCUAGCUUCAGUCGAGGAAGAGAUAAAUUUUGUUCCUCACUACAACACACUGAUUGAAAGUGGGACAAAUGAGUACUUUAUUGAGGGCCAGAAAUCACUGCGUUUUCACAGUUUUCUCAGUGACAGUGUUUUCUGAAGAAGGGAGUCCGAUGACAGCUUUUAAACCUGCUGAUCUGUCCAUGUUGCUAUGGGAGGGACCACCAUCAAUGCGCCCUACAGUGGCCACUGAGCUAAAAUACAAAAACCCUGUUGAAAAUGAGAGGAAAGACUGUUAUGAAUUUAGAGACGAAGAAAUCCCAACGUGUGUUGGGGAGUACACUGUAGAGUUUUCUCUACAAACCAACAAAAAAGAAGAUCAUCUUAGCCAUCAGAUCAGUGUAACAGUUGUGGCCAACGAACCCAUCAAACUGCAACCUGAUUAUCAUCAACAAACUCCAGUUGUUUUCUACUGUACAGACAUUGCCAAUCGAAUCUUGGUUGAAAACAUGACUUUGAAGAUAACAGACCAGUUUGGAAAUUCAGCCGGGCAAAACCUGGAUGGAACUGUGUUCAUCUCAAUAAAGUGUCCUAAAGAAGAAAGAAACAGAAGCCUCCCUCUGUUUGAUGGAAAAACUAACACCAUUUCAAUUAAGCUAAAAGAAGGAAGUGUCCUCAUCAAUAGUUUAGCGAUCAUGGAGAACAGUCCUGGUGACAAUGGAAGCAGAUAUAUUCUCCACUUCAAGCCAGAAGUGACAAAUCCUCCCACAUCUCUGAGUCCCUUUGAACUGCCUUUCAACUUUUACAACGAUGCUGAGAACCAACAAAAAAAAAUUCAACUGAUGAAGAAGAAGGAUGAACUGACUGAAGCUUUGAAAGAAUGCAAUAAAAACUUUGAUACAAUUCGUAAACAAAAUGAUUUUCUUAAAAAUAAAGUUGAAGGCUCAACUAGGAAAGAAGUUUCUCUCAGAAAAGAGCUGAAUGAAAGAGGCAUAAAAACCGAACACCCAUUAUCAAUUGAAGAUAGUAAAAAAUGCCUAGACCAGAAGAAAUCUGAAGUGGAAAGAAUAGAGAAAAUGCCAAGAAGAAUCUUUUCCAUUCAUAAAAAAUUCAGCGGGCCUGACGUUCUUGGAAUGGUUGGUGAACUGGCCUUUGUUGCUGAUGAAGAUGUUGCAAGGGUCAUCUCGUGGCUCCUGCAGGGAGACAUGGACUGUGUCAUCACUACAACGACAACAGCAGCUCAGAAAAUCUAUGAUGAUACACAGGGCAAUCAGCAGGUCAUGGCCCUCGACAGUAUUCUUGUGCAACAGAGAGACAGACCCCUGCCACACAUACAAAACUGUCAAGAACUUUUUAAACCUUCUGGAAACCCAACCUUUGCCAGGAAACACCUGAUUUAUCGUGACAAACAGCUGAGUUGUGAUCGCAACAAUCUGAUAAAAGUGUUUAAAAACCUCCUUGGUGACACGAUUGUGAUGGAUGACUUAUUCGCCGCCACCAACUACAGAAAGGCCCUUGUGGAGAAGCAUAUACAGUGUCCCACCAUAUUGACCCGAGAAGGGGAAAGAGUCAGUAACAGGGGCAAAUUUGGAGGUGCACAGAAUAGAGCGCCAUCGAUUGACAAACUGAAAGUCUUUGGAGCUCCUCUACCAGACAGCUACGAAGAACUGAAGAAACAAAUAGAUGUGCUUCAUCAGUACUGUGCAGCAGUGGAAGAAAUAGAAAAAGCAAAAAAGGAUCUUAGUCACUAUUGCCCAAAAUGGGUGGAUGAAAUGCAAAAUGAAAAAACACAGAUUGAUGUGAUAACAAAGGAACUAGAAGAGAUUAACAAACAACUUGCAUCAGUGUCAGUGAGAGCAGGAAAACGUGCUUCUGGAAACUCUGAGGAGUCACCUGGCACCGCUUCAAAACGUCAAAGACGGAGAUGCAUGGACCAGCCAGGAUCUUUUUCUGAAAUGAACUAAAGUUUAACUUUGAAUUUUAGUAAAAAGCAUUUUUUCUCUCAUACUGAUAAGUUCUUAACUCCCUCCGUUUUUAUGUUGUGAUUUUUUUAAAAAGUCAAAAAUGAUCGCUGAGUCAGAUUAAAGAGGUAUCUGCUUAUACUAGUUUUUGGACUUAUAGGAGACGCUGAUACAUAUUUAUUCUUCUGUGCCAUCUGUUAAAAGUCCUUGAUCA